CUUUUCGCGCGAAACUGUGCAGUGUUGUCCGGACUUCAGCGUGCUGUGUGUGUGUAUCUGUCCGGAGAGGAACGGGACGGCUCUGUGUAGAUCUCAGCUGUUUGAAUCUUUUAUUCCAGUUUUAUAGUGUUUCAUCAUGGAUGUUGCCACAGCAACCGCGGAGAAUGCCGGGGAGAUGGUGAAGGACGAGUUGGCUGAAAAAUGCCAGAAGUUGUUCCAGGCUUUCUUGGAGGAGUUCCAGACAGGGGAUGGGGAGGUGAAGUAUGUCCGGGAGGCCGAGGAGCUGAUCAGGCCUGAGAGGAACACCCUGCUGGUGAGCUUCACAGACCUGGAGGGCUUCAACCAGGAGCUGGCAACUACCAUCCAGGAGGAGUAUUACAGAGUGCAUCCUUUCCUCUGUCGGGCAGUGCGCAACUUUGCUCGGGAUCAUGGGAAUGUUCCUCUCAAUAAAGAGUUCUACGUUGCCAUCCAGGAUUUCCCCACCAGACACAAGAUCCGUGAGCUGUCAUCCAUGCGUAUCGGCACCCUGGUGAGGAUCAGUGGUCAGGUGGUGAGGACGCACCCAGUACACCCUGAACUGGUGAGUGGUACCUUCCUGUGCAUGGACUGCCAGGCGGUGAUCAAAGAUGUCCCUCAGCAGUUCAAAUACUCCCCACCAACCAUCUGCAGGAACCCCGUCUGCAACAACCGCUCCCGCUUCCACCUCGACACACACAAGUCCAAGUUCAUCGACUUCCAGAAGGUGCGUAUCCAGGAGACGCAGGCGGAGCUGCCUCGUGGUUCCAUCCCACGCUCCAUGGAGAUCGUCCUGAGAGCCGAGGCUGUGGAGACGGCUCAGGCCGGAGAUCGUUGUGACCUCACCGGGACCCUCGUCGUUGUGCCGGAUGUCUCUCAGCUCUCCACACCGGGUGUGCGAGCAGAGACCAGCACCCGUGUAGGAGGAGGCCAGGGCUAUGAGGCUGAAGGUUUGAGAGGACUGAAAGCUCUGGGAGUCAGAGAGCUGUCAUACAAGCUGGCCUUCCUGGCCUGCCAUGUGGCCCCAACUAACCCAAGAUUUGGUGGGAAGGAGCUGCGUGAGGAGGAGCAGACUGCUGAGAGCAUCAAGAGCCAGAUGACAGAGAAAGAAUGGGAGAAAGUAUUCGAGAUGAGCCAAGACAAGAACCUGUACCACAACCUGUGCACCAGCCUCUUCCCCACCAUCCACGGCAACGACGAGGUGAAGCGCGGCAUCUUGCUGAUGCUGUUUGGAGGCGUUCCUAAGACGACCAUGGAGGGGACCUCGCUGAGAGGAGACAUCAACGUCUGCAUUGUUGGAGACCCCAGCACUGCCAAGAGCCAGUUCCUCAAGCAUGUGGAGGAGUUCAGUCCCAGAGCGGUGUACACUAGCGGCAAAGCCAGCAGUGCUGCUGGUCUGACAGCCGCCGUGGUGCGAGACGAGGAGUCCCAUGAGUUUGUCAUCGAGGCUGGAGCUCUGAUGCUGGCUGACAAUGGUGUGUGCUGCAUUGACGAGUUUGACAAGAUGGACCUCAAGGACCAGGUGGCCAUCCACGAAGCCAUGGAGCAGCAGACCAUCAGCAUCACCAAGGCUGGAGUCAAGGCUACCCUGAACGCUCGCACAUCCAUCCUCGCUGCCGCCAACCCUGUCAGUGGGCGCUACGACCGCAGCAAGAGUCUGAAACAGAACAUCAACCUGACCGCCCCCAUCAUGAGCCGCUUCGACCUCUUCUUCAUCCUGGUGGACGACUGUAAUGAGGUGACGGACUACGCCAUUGCCAGACGCAUCGUGGACCUGCACACGCGUGUGGAGGAAUCAGUAGACAGACUGUACUCUCUGGAUGAAAUCCGCAGAUACCUGCUGUUUGCGAGGCAGUUCAAACCUAAGAUUUCCAGCGAAUCGGAGGAGUUCAUCGUUGAGCAGUACAAGCGUCUCCGUCAGCGUGACGGCUCAGGGGGCGUGUCCAAGUCAGCCUGGAGAAUAACUGUGCGGCAGCUGGAGAGCAUGAUCCGCCUCUCGGAGGGCAUGGCACGUAUGCACUGCUGCGACGAGGUGCAGCCCAAACAUGUGAAGGAAGCCUUCCGUCUUCUGAACAAAUCCAUCAUCCGAGUGGAGACGCCAGACGUCAACCUGGAGCAGGACGAUGAGCUGGAGGACGAGGAGCAGCAGGAGGAUGGAAACAAUGUACCUAACGGAGUGAACGGUGUGAACGGUGUAAACGGCCAUGCAGAUGGGAUUAACGGGCACGUCAACGGCAUCAACGGUCAUGUUAACGGUGUGAACGGCCACGCCGAGCCUGGCAGCCAACCCAAACCAUCUCUCCGCCUGUCCUUCAAUGAGUACCAACGCAUCUCCAACCUGCUGGUGUUGCAUCUGCGCAGAGCAGAGGAGGCUGAGGAGGAGGAGGAGCUGAAGAAAAGCGCGGUGGUGAACUGGUAUCUGAAGGAGAUUGAGGCAGAGAUCGACUCGGAGGAGGAGCUGGUCAAUAAGAAGGGGCUGAUAGAGAAGGUCAUCCACAGGCUGGUGCACUAUGAUCACAUCCUCAUCGAGCUGUCUCAGGCGGGGCUGAAGGGCUCGGAGUCAGCGAGCACAGAAGAAGAGGUGGUUCUGGUCGUCAACCCCAACUACAUCCUGGAAGAUUAAACUCCUCCCUCUGUCCCUCUGUUUGGUUUUUCUCCACACCCACAUGACUUUUGAUAUUAAACUUCAACAAUAAAGCUGAUGUUCGAGGUGUU